GUGGAUCGAUUCAGGAUGAGACACAAUGUCUCCUUCAAGUUGGAAGAAAUGACAAACCUUUCAAGUACUUAAAGAAUUGUCUCUUGUUAUGCUUCUCUCAGAGAUUUGGAGGGAAGCUUCCUGAAUUACAAAUGCUUGUUGAACUUCUAUCUGAUGCUAAAGACUUUUCUUUGUGGAUUGAGGAAAGAGAUGUAUUGGAACAGUUUGUGGAUCAAGCUCAGGCAUGCAGAACUUUCUUGACAGAAAUAGUCAAUUUUGCUUUAGCUUAUUUUGAUAAAGAUCUCGGUGUGGUCUCUGAAAAAUUAACUACUGCUCUUAAGGCCAUUGAAGUGGCAGGUCUUUAUGAUCAUCAAGCUAAUCACAGCCUUGAGCUGGCAUUAACAAGAUACUCUUGGAGAUUCAAAGUCAAUAGGUUAUUAGGGGGUUUACAAAAGCCCACGAUCCAACAGAUUCAGCAGCAUUUGAAAGAGGGUCUUUCUAUGAGCAUUCCACCUGAAGAUUACUAUAGGCAAAGACUUACGGAAGUGAAGCGUAUUGGCUUGCAGUGGGCAGAACGUGCCAGGAAGGUUGCAACUGAUUCUGGAGUUCUUAGUUUAGAUAAAGUUUUUGAACUUAUCAUGGAAGGUGAAAAUUUGCCUUUUUACUUGGAGAAGGAAAUUAAGUUACUACGAGAACGAAGUAUGCUUUAUUGUAUUUGUCGAAAGCCAUAUGAUCAGAGAAAAAUGAUUGCUUGUGAUCAAUGUGAUGAGUGGUACCAUUUUGAUUGCAUUAACUUAGUUUCCACACCAAAGGUCUACAUCUGUCCUGCUUGUAAGCCUCAACAACAAGACUUGUCUGCAACACCUUCAGUUGAUCUUGAUAGAUCAAUUAGUGUCAAGUUUGUAGAGCCUAAAACACCUCCUAAACAUACAAAGAAACUGAGAGAAGCUGAGCCUAGUCCAAGGCAAAAGAUGCUUUCAAUUACGGAUCAUAGUAAUAGUUUUAGCAGUGGGAUUGAAUGCUUAUGGUGGCGAAAUCGGAAGCCCUUCAGAAGAGCAGCAAAAAAACGUGCCGAGCUUGACACUCUUUCUCCAUUUUUCCAUGUUCAACAAUAAAACUGGAAGUAGAUGGUUAUCAAUCAUUCAAUCUAUUCAAUUGAUUUUUAUGGUUUCCGCUCAAUUAUCUGUUUUCAGCUCCUUGAGAAACAAUAAGAAAAUUUUGUCCUAUAAACACGUGCUCAUCUGCAUGUGAAAAUUUUUGAGCAGGCCCACAAUUUGAAAUUAAAUUGAGCUUCCUGUUCUAUGCUCUUCCUUU